GGCGGAGGAGAGGGCGGGGAGCGAAGGUUGGAGUCUCCGCGCUCGGGCCUUCACGGGACAGGUCUCGGCAUCAUGACGGUGGGAGCUAGACUCCGGAGCAAGGCGGCCCGUACCUUCCCGCGCCGCGGGGCCCGAGGGCGAGGGCGGACGGAGGGGGACGAGGAAGCCAUCCUAGAGCACCUGGAAGGCGAGGACGAGACAGCCGAAAGCGGCGCCUGCGGGACGAGCGCGCCGCGACCGGGGACCCGGAGUGCGCGGAGGGUGCACCUGGCGAGCCUGCCCGACCGCUACGAACCCCUGGAGGAACAGGUGCCGGACGACAAGCCCAAGAAGAAGUACCGGCAGAAGCUGAAGAAGUACGGCAAGAACGUUGGGAAGGUCAUCAGCAAAGGAUGCCUCUACAUUGUUGUGGGCCUGCAAGGAUUCGCUGCAGCCUACUCGGCGCCAUUUGGAGUUGCCACCAGCGUGGUGUCGUUCGUGCGCUAGUGGGAGCCACCGGAGCAGGCACCACAAGAAAAAAUGGAAGCCUUUGUCCAGGAAACAGUACCAAUCCAGAAGAAUGUUGGACUUGAACCCACAGAACAUCUGGAAGAGAAAAAAAAAUGUCUAUUGGAUGCGUGUCA